AUGUGUGACAUGGGAGAGGAUGAGGCGGUGGAACAUGUGGUGCUGAAGUGUGUGAAGUAUGCCAGACAGGAGAGAGAUGACGCAAGUGUUUGCCAAGCUAAGUGUGGGGUUAUUGGUCAGGAAAGCAGCAGUGUGCUGGCCGAUCAUGGAGGGACAGAGAAAGCGGCCGUUUUCCGCUUAAACAUCACCUGUGCUGACAGUCUGCAAUAUGCUCCCCUUGUGUUACGCUACAACGCUAGUCGCCCAUUGCUGCCACUACAUGACUGCAUCCUGAAGCAUGCAGUGAGGAUUGUGUGUCCUGGCAGUCUGAGACAACCUGUCAAAAAAGCUACUAAAAGUAUCUGGAUUGCCUAUAUAUGCUGGUUGCUGGGAGGAUGGUGCAGCCUGCACUUGCUUUACCUGAGACGGGACCGCCAGGCAUUGAUUUGGUACACAACUUUUUUUGGCUUUGCUGGAGUUGGAAUAGUACGGGAUUUCUUCCGCAUUCCUGAAUACGUCCGAGAUAUUAAUGAAAGCAAUCAGUAUGUUGAACAAUUAACAUCAAAGAUGAAGAAGUACAGCAAGCCUCCCUUCAGCCUGGUCCGAUUUGUUGGCCAGAUACUGACAGGGAAUUCAUGGAGCUUCCUUUUAGGGGCUGCAGUGCCCAGGGAGCCAAUAUUUGGUGUGUCCCUGGUGCCACUUGUUCAUCUGGCUCCUGUAGGAGCAGCUUUAGCGGUGUGGAUCAUUGGAAACAUAGGAAGGGAGCAAGGGAGCUUAAAAUGGGCCAUGAUUGGUGCUUUGGGAGUUGUUCCCAUCUCCUUCAUCCACCCACCUGUUACUAACUUCAGUGCAGUCACCUCUACAGUACUCUUCAAUUGGAAAGGAAAAAAAUGGCUAAGAACACCUUACCCAAAAACUCACAUCUGCAAGCGUUUGGCAACCUUGCUCAUGUGUGGACUUGUAUUUACAAGUCUAUGGGCAUCUCAUUUCUACUUCAAUGCCACAGUCACAGACAAAAAUGGAGAAGAAAUCAAGAUGAGAGAUGCUGCUAAAAAUUUCAUAAACUCUCCAAUGUUCCUGGAGUUUAAGAGAAACCUGGGAGUGCUUUACAGCAACAUCUUAGAAUAUGGCUGGAAGACUGCUUGGACUAACUUUAUCGAGCUCCUUGAUCCACAAGGGGAAAUGCAUGCUUUGAAGGUGUUAGGCUUGAAGAAAGGAGCCAGCCAAGAAGAAAUUAAAUCUGCUUACAAAGAACUGGCUCGAGAAUGGCAUCCAGACAAGCACAGAGAAAAGAAGGAAGAAGCUAAUGCCAGAUUUGUGGAAAUCCAGGCCGCAUAUGAAAGACUGUCUGCCAUUAAGAAUCAACGGAAAUUGAGGAACAAGCUGGAAGAAGAGAGACAGUAACAAGCUUUGCACCACAACAGGGUUUUGAUUUAUGCUUACACAUGUGCAAAAAAACACACUUUUUAUACGAUAGUUUGAUUCAAUAAUGGGAUAUGAAAAAAAAGAUAUAUAAAUAGAUGCUUUAAUUGCAUGGAGUCUGAGACUUGCUCAGAAGCAACAGACUCUUAGCUCUAUAUCUCUAUAAGAACUAAAUAAAUAAACCAGAUUGGUUUCAAUGAUAAAUUUUCACUAAACAUUAUAAAUGAAGAGAUGAUACAUCUGUGGUAUGGUGAAUUUAGCACACUGAAUUAAUAAGAAAAAUACUCAUUGUAUUUGAAAGGAUAUUGGAUGCACAUUGCAGUUCAGGUUAUAUAUUAUGCAAUCAUGUACAUGAUAAUGUACUCAGGUGUAAAAAAGGCUUACCUUGAAAUUGCAUCAGGAUAUUUGGUUAGAGUGAGGCUGCCACUGAUUACCUGGUCAUCUUCAGAAAGCUAUGACUGUGAAUACAUUUUUAUUUUUGUACUGUAACCACUAAAUUGCUUGUCACCAGUGAACUUUUUAAAUCCGCUGUGGAAGAGGUAUUUUCAUUCUCUGUAUGUUGAAGCAAUGCUUCACUGAACUUAUGUAGCUAAGUUAUAUAAAUUGAGACUGUGGUGUGGUUUGUGUUCAUUGUAAAGGUGACAAUGGUAAUUGGUAUAUCAUCCCCACAUUGGAGGAUGUUACAUCCAGGGUGUGCUGCAAUGAUAAGAUAGUGAAAUUCUGUAUUCCAUAUUUUUCAGAUUAAUUAUUGAUAUGUAUUAUGUA